AUGGCUUCCAUGGGGAUGCAGAUGGCGGGCUGCGUCCUGGCCCUCCUGGGCUGGAUCGGGGUGAUCAUUGUCUGCGGCUGCCCCAUGUGGCGCGUCACUGCUUUCAUUGGCAACAACAUAGUGACGUCCCAGGUGAUGUGGGAGGGCAUCUGGAUGAGCUGCGUGGUCCAGAGUACGGGCCAGAUGCAGUGCAAGGUGUACGACUCCAUGCUGGCUCUGAGCACCGACCUGCAGGGGGCCCGGGCCCUGGUGGUGGUCUCCAUCGUCACAGGCUUUGCUGGGAUCCUCGUAGCGUUCUGUGGUGGAAAGUGCACCAACUUCAUUCCAGAGGAGAGAGCCAAGGCGAGGGCUUCAAUAGCAGCCGGCGUGUUGCUGAUCAUCUGUGGGAUCCUCAUCCUCAUCCCUGUUUCAUGGACCGCCAGCAUCAUCAUCAGGAACUUCUACAACCCCGUGCUGGUAGACGCCCAGAAAAGAGAGCUGGGGGCAAGUCUGUACAUCGGCUGGGGGGCUGGGGCCCUGCUGGUCGUGGGAGGAGCUCUACUGUGUGCCAACUGUCCCCACAAAGAGGAGGAGGCCCCCUCAGUGAAGUACCUCCUAAACAACCCUGGAGGAAACAGCAGAGACGACUCGUUUCGGUCUUAUGAGCCAAAUAAGACGUAUAUUUGAUUUUUAAACCUCUGAAGUCCAGGAGAUUUUGGUUCAAAUUUGUCAACUUCCUAUGCAUUCAUUUCUGUCUCUGUUUAGCAUCUUUCAGUCUGUCCUUACAUCACAUGCAUGGCUCCUUUUUCUCCACACAAACUUGGCUAUCAGUCCGAUUUUUCAUUUUAUUUUAAUUAACAAAGUAUAAAGCUGCCAGGAACCGAAAAUACAAACAAAAGACACAGG